AUGGCAUCUGGCCAAGAGAAGGAUAUGGCAAGGGAGGAAAGGCCCACCGCACCCAAUGAGGUGGUGAACAAUGCUGCUGAGAUUGACCUAAAUCAAGAUGAGGCAAUGGCUGACCUUGAGUUGGAUGAUAUUGAGGACUUGGACCUGGACCUUGGGGAUGAGCAUCACCAUGGUGAAGCUGAGAACCAUGAUGAAGCAGAGAACCAUGGUGAAGCUGAUAACCAUGGUGAAGCUGCCAGCCAUGAGGAAGAGGAUAACACCGGUGAAAAGGAGAACACUGGUGAUGAGAAUGACUUCACUGAGAAUGAAGGCAUGAGUUAUCCUAUCUCCGAGGAGAUUGUCCAACUCCAAGCUAAAGUGGCAACUCAGAAUAUCACCAUCCUGCAGCAGCAGACGUCCAUUGAUGGACUCAAGAAGCACACUCAGAACCUCGAGGCUAGGCUGAGCGUUACCAUGAAGGAGGUUACUGAGCCCGCUCCUGCUGCUCAGCCGGCACCCGCUCCGCCCGCACCCCCGGCGGUAGGCGCUGCGACGGCUAUGCAUCAGCCACCUCCAACUGAGACCUCGCCCUUUGGGUCUCUCUUGGCGCCUCUGCCUGAGUUUAACCAUAACAAGACAGAGGUGCAGCCUUGGCUCGACCUGGUGGAUUCCACCAUGAUCCUUGCGAAUGUGCGUUCCGAUGCUCGCGUCACUGCAGCUACUCGUGCGUUGGACGAGGUGGCCCGCAGGGCAGUGUAUGGCGCUAAGAAGCAGGCGCAGGGACCAUUUGGGUGGCUGGAGUUCUGCACCGCGCUGAAAGAGGCAUUCAUGGUCAAGAAGUCCGACCUGGAAUUACGCGGACGCCUUGAAAGUAUCAAGUGUCCUGACCGUUCGGUGCAGAAAUAUGCGGUCGAGUUGGAGGCCGCAGCACGCUUGCUCCAAAAGCCCUUGGCUGAGGAGGAGAUGAUGCACAUCUUCAUGAAGGGCCUCCCUGUUAACCUGCAGGAGGCACACAUGACCGGCGGCAUGACCAAUUGGACGACUUACAAGGAGAUGAAGGAGCAGGUGAUCAAAACCGACAACAUCAUUCGCACGUACAUUUUUGGCCCCGAAAAGACAGGCCAGCAGCCCCAUGCUGAAGGCUCUGGUGGUCAUGGGAACCGGUCCCAGAAUGCGAAGGGUGGAAGCGGUUGGAACAAAAGGCCUUUCCAGCAGCGUGAUCACCAGCCUGGUCCACAGGCCAAGAGGCCUAACGGAGGGGGAGGUCAUGGCCCUAACAAGCCGGAUUUCUCCGACAAGCGGUGCAGAGGCUGUGGAAGGAUGGGGCACAUCGCAUCCCAGUGCCGUAACAAGAACCCAAUCAAGUAUUCUGGGAAGCCUAAGCAAGACGGCGCUGGACCUUCUGGAAAGAAGGAUUUUCAGAAGCCCAACUAG